CAUUGUCUCCCCGGGGCAGUUGGUGUCUGCAGCGUGUCUCAGCGCAGCCUCACACACGUUUGGUUUCACAAUGUGCUGCCUGCAGAAAGCGUUCGCUCCCUGAAGGGAACGGCUGUGGUUUCAUAUUUCAUUUCCCUUGUACACUACACCCGAAUUCCAGACGCCUUCUGGCUUCGCUGCUGCAUGGGCUCAGAGCACAGGUCCUUUGCUGAAUCCAGCAGAGACAGAUAGGGCUUCCCUCAGCUCAAGGGAGUGGACCAUGAAGACGUCAAUUUUAUUUUUGCUUUGCCUCUGCGUUUUCCUAGGCUUUUCCCACGGCAGAGUUGUUGGAGAGGAUGAAACUGGUUUUGCUGAAUGUAAUGUGUUCUUCCCUGGACAAGUCCCACCAGAAGGAUUUACCGAGGCAUUCCAUGUGAAAAUCUGUCAGCUGUAUAACAAGGAGCCACGUUUUGCAACCCUCUACAGUACUAAGGACAAAAUCCCUCUUUAUUCAGCUUUUAAGUAUACAAAACCAGCCCAAAAUGGGGAGGAGGACUGGCUGGUUGAACCGCAGAUAGAUGAUCCAGAAAGUGACCUGCAGGAGAUGGUGCAUGAAGCUGAUAUCGUUGACUCUGUGGCUAACCUUGGCACAAAUCAAGCCCUGAGCUUGGACUAUGUGGGCUCUGGUUAUGAAAGAGGGCUGCUGAAUCCGAGCUUUCUUAAUGAGAAAGAUUUCCAGGUGGCCACUUACACACUCACGAAUGCCGUCCCUAUGAGCCCAUCUCUCAGCAAAAGCUGGCACAGAGACAUCAGGAGGGUAGUGGAGCAGGCUCUGGUCCCUCAUUGUUCCAAGAAGGAUCACCUGUAUCUCCUCGCAGGUGCUAUUCCUUCCAACAUCCAAGUUAAUGGCAAGGUGUCAGUGCCAGAGACCCUCUGGCUAGCAGCAUGCUGUGAUGCUCCAGAGGGAUGGUCUUUAGGACUUGUAAAGAAAGUGAAAGAUGAAAACAGUUUGGCAGACCUAGCAGUGGGAGAGCUGGAGAAGCAGUUUCUAGCAGGAGUUCAGUUGUUCAAGGGCAACUGUGGUGAAGAUAACCAAAAGCAGGAGAAAACGGAAGCAAUACUGCAAGCUGUAACUCAGAUCCGGUCUGGAGAGCAAGCAGGAACAAGUGACAACCAGGAGGCCAAAGACAGUGGCUUAGUGAGAAAAUUGGCUGGCAUCAUUGCCACUCCUUUCAUCAAACUUCUGGAACUCCUCAUUUAUAUCUUUGUGGAGUUAGUGAAAUUCAUGUUUCAUUUGCUGUGGCUUAUUGUCAAGCGAAUUGGCAGUACUCUUCUGGAUGGAAUCUACAGCCUGUGGAAUGGGAUGGUUUUCUACCUUACAGAGAUCAGCAUGGUGCUAAUCAGCAUCCCCUGUGAUGUGGGGAAGGUCUGCAUCAACAUCCUGCAGGGUUUUCUGGGAAUUAUUCAAGAUGUUGCAAUCUUCACCUACAAGAUCCUGAGCAUCCCCAUGGGAUUUGUCUUUCACCUCGCUGCUUUCCCUUAUUACUCCAUCUGUGCCAUUCCCUCCGUCCUUAAAGACAUAGCCACUGGGAUUGGUGGCAUCUUCUCGCUGGUUAUUGAUGCCACAGCCACCCUUCUGCAUGGCUUUUACUACCUUGCUGCUCGCAUAGCCAAAAGAUUUGUCCCUAAGGGCUCCUCUGAUGACUGAUAAGGAUAGAAAUCAAAGCUGCGAAGACAAAAAGUGAAAGAGGAGUUGGGUAAUGCUUUAAGAUAUGUGGCCAAAUGCUGUCAAUUCUGUUCUGAUAUUUAUUGCAGUGACAUUAACAAUAAUGAACAAAUUGGGGAGUAACAGGGAGGGCCAAGGUAACUUCACCAGGGGACACCACCAUUGUAACUUAAGUUCUAUCUAUUGUAAAGUAUUUGAGCUUUAUUAGUGUGGGUCACAGUUUCUGUGGUUUGCAAAUGUCAAGUUGCUUCCUCUGGGAGAUACACUCUAAAUGUGGUACAAGGUUAUUUCUUUCCAACUAAGAUAACACUGAGACCUAUGCACUGGCAGUGAACUCUACAGAACCUCCUUCCUGUCAGGGAGGAGGUGGUAGUAAGGGGAGGAUUUUAGUUGUAAAGGGUUUUCUUAAAUCUGGAGAAAGGAAAAGGAUGUUAAGGGCACAAGAAUUAGGGACUGGGAAAUGGUAGGGAGUGGUAAGCAGUGGGGAGGGAACAUAGGGCUGAAUUCUGUUGUUUGUUGCACUGCUCAUUUCAUUGGCGUUCCACUGGUGGAGCCCAAGGAAGAAUUAGGCUGGGUGUAUUUUAUAGUUCUCAAGCCUUGGCUUUUCAAGGCAGCCGAAAUCACGUGGAUAUUGUUUUGAGGAAAUACCAGAUGCCAUUUCUUUCAUGUAGUGGGAAAAUACUUUCCCUUAGCCAUAUCAAGCUCACUUUCUCUGAACUAUUCCUUGCUCUCUGGUGACCACUAAAGGUCUAAAUCCUGAAGUCCUUGUUCUGGCUGGCCUGCUCCAAAGCCCAGAAAAGAGGCAUGAGUCAUGCUUUUGGCUUUGAAUCAGAUGUCCAUGUUUCAGUUACCAGCCUGUCUUGUCUCCUUUUAGAGCUGACGCUUCAAAUAUACAGCAGUAUUUAUGUGCCUGAAAUCUCUGUGAGAUGAUACCUAGGCUGGAAAGUAGCAGUGUUGCAGUCAUCCUUCUUAGGUAUGCCUUGAAAGUGCUCGCAUAGAGAAAAUAAUCCUCCCACAUUUUCCUCCAGGAGGGAGGAAAAGUAGCUCUUUCUCACUUGUCUGAAUUGGCAGCAUCAGUUUGUUGCAGGGAUGCAAGGAACAUGGGAGAGGAGAUGCGUGCGGAGCGCAUAGGGGAAUUAUGCUGCUUUCACACUGAGGGCUAGACUCUACCUGGAGAGCAGGCAGCCUGCAGAGUGGGGCAGGGCUCAGUGCUAAGGAGAGCACGUGAUUCCCAUUGGUGCUGUGUUACAUCCCAGGGAGUGGAGCUAAUCUAAGGAACCAGACCUGUGGCAUGAGGUAGUUGAGAAAGUUAGUCCUGGAAUCAGGAGGGAAACAGCAAAAGGAAUAGGAUGCUCGUGACAGGUUAAUCACACCUGGAAGUCCUGCCAACACUGAUGUGGCAGGGCAGAGGUUUUCUGCCAUCCAAGACAAGGGGAAGCAUCCAUGUGGCUCUCACAGGUGCAGUAAUCAGCAGUGCCCAGCUGACCUGAGUCCUAGCAGCAAAGCCUCUAGUAGAUUUGGGCAUCUCCCUUCAUUAUUCGUUUUCUGAAACCAGAGAAAGGAAAAAAUUGUUAUGUCGCCCCUUUCUCAUGUGAGUAUUAUUGACUGUCAAGAGCAUGGAGAGGCAGAAGGGAGAUCUAGGGCACAGCGCUCAUCCUACUGCGUAACUACCUCCCUAGUUAGCCCAUAACUCAUUCCACAAGCAGGCUUAUUUAUGUUGGGGGAGGGGGGAGACACAACCCCUCUUCUUCACUGCUUCACCAGAAAUAAUGCAGUCCUCACUGAUGUGAGCUGGGGACUCCUGGGCACUCCCCGUGUCUGGGACAUCAGAGCUGGGGUGUGUGUGGAGACUUUGCAGGGAACAGUCAUUGAUUAGCUAGACCCAGCCUCACAGCCACAGAUGAGAGAAGAAACACAUGCUGAUAGAGGAGAAGGGCACAGUGGCACUGCCAUUCCCCAGGGCUUCCCUCAGCUCUGCUCCCUCUUUCCAUCAGAUAGGGAUUAGGGGAAGGAGUGCUCAUUUCUUGCUACAGCUCUGUCUGUGGGAAGACACUCUGCUCUUGGUGACCACAGCAGCGUUUGGUCUGGCUGACAGCCUCAGCACGUGACUCAGAGUGUGAGAAAGGCAUUCAGGAGUCCAACAAGGCCAUGCACGGCCCCUGGCCUUGACCCUUCCUUACCAGGUAACACACCCUUCAGCGAUGUUGCUAGCAGCUGCUCAGCAGUGGGGAAACUCUGGGCUGACGAGGUUAGAGAGCAGCUCAUCAUAGAACCAUAGAUUCUCAGUCAUCUCAGCCCAAACAGUCUAGCUCUCAGGGGGAGGCAUGCUGGUAGGGCAGGGCUGUGAGGGGGAAGUCUGUGGAGAAGGAAAGGUCUUCUUGCCAGCAGUGUUGGGUUCGUUCCAAAGGCUGGGCAACAUCUGUGUGCCAGUAGGGGUCUGAUCAGGUGCAGUGUUUGAUGAAUUAGUCCUUUGCCUUGAAGCUCUUGGUACAGGGAUUUUGGGUGCAAGGGGCAAGUCCCAGGUCACUGCUCCCAGCCAGCAGAAAACAGCCCUGGCUGCCUGGGAAAACUCUUUCCAAAUCAAACAUUGCAUCUUUGCAUACUUGAAUGUGCCUUCCUUGCCAUGGAGCCAGCUGUUGAGUCUGGUCUUGACAGACCUGGAUUUCCACUCUUUUUUCAGAGUGGGGGUGCGUCAGCAGUAGAGUGACAUCCUGUUGCAAACGGAGCUCUCCUCUCAGGGUAUGUGACAGCAGUUCCAGGCAGGAGCGCAACAAGCUCAAGUGCCAGAAGCUGUGACUCAGGUGUCAGCAUAGGAGAGCCAGGUCCCCAUAGCCUCUAGAGAUGUCCUAGCAUCUGUCGAGUGCAGCCCUAGAGUCAGGGAGGAGACAGCUGCUUUGCACACUGCUGCCUGUCUCGUGCCUUACGCAUGGCCUUAGCCACAACCCCUCCCUGGCUGUUUAUCCCAGAAUGACCCAGCAUGUCCAGUGUACUGUGGUCACAGUGACGUGGGAGCUCACACACUAAGGGGCAGCAAGGAUGAGAUGCCUCAGUGCACCUGGAGGUCUGUCUCACUACAUCUCCAUCACCAUUGAUGCUUAGCCUAGCUAGGUUCAGGCCAGCCCAUGAGCAUGUCUCCAUACUGCAACCAUGUCUUCUGAUUGUGGAGUGGACAGUCUUUUACUUCUAAGAGGCUGCACCACUGUAGGAUUUGGGUAGUUGUUGGGCAAUAUUAUUAAAAUUGUUUUAAUACGCUCAGAUUUCAAAUACUGAAAACUACAACCAGCCCAGGUCAUUUUUAUCCUGUGCUGCAUAUCUGAGCAGGCAAUAGGAAAUCUGCCUAAAACACUGAUUAAUUAUUACAGAACAAGCAACAUCCUGCUACAAACUAACUAUUGUUUGAGAUUAUCCUUAUCUGGGCAUGACUUAUGGCUUGUGAGCUUUAUUCUAUCCUUGGAAAUGUAUGGCUUUAACAAAAUAAAAGUUACUUUUCCAAAGAAGAACUUGUAUCAGAAUUUCUGUCAUGCUUUCCAAAUGAGAUAGUGCAACCCAUAGAUCUCUUGACUAAUCAAGAAAGUCACAGAAGCACAGCUGUCCUUUGUUAUGACUUGACAUCUGUUAUUAAUGACCCUUUGUACCUUUAAAACAUUUCCUCUCUCAAAGCGCUUUAAAAGAGUUAAUUCAUUAAACUACAGAAUAUGUAGUGAAAGCUGGGAAGUUACAGGCAGCUCUGUAUGUGCUGAAAGGGGACAUUUCAUUUUUGAGAGAUGCAGCUACUAGUGGGAUGAAGCAUGAUGAGCCACUUCAGUACAGAAGAAUCACAUCACGGCAGGAUGAAAAAUGCUGUCAGCAGCUGAGGCAGCAUGAGGAGGCAGGAUUUAAGUGCCUAAACUGUAUAGAACCAGGACACCAAUCCACCCGUCACCUCUUACAAAGAAACUCUACAUGUCUGUAGUCACCAAGCAGGUGAAAAGCAGCAAAGGGCUCCUUAACUCCCUGCUGGGGCUUACACUGACCGUGCUCCAAAAGCAGGGACUCACACAGUAGAUGCAUUGCCUAAGCAGUGAGUUACACUCUCAGACUGUUGCCUACUUAGUAAUGGGCUGGGCUGAGGUGGGAAAGGAUCAGUGAAGAAAGGGAAGGGAGGUCUUCAUAUGCAUAGAGAGCCAGGGCUCUGAGCACCUGCUGCCCUGCAGGGAUUGAUGCUGUAUGCUCUCUUUCACCUUUGAAAAGCUCCCAAGGUUGGCUGGAGUUUGUGACUAAAGAGGAGAAGGGUGGGACUGAUCCAUAGUGCCUGCAUCUGGCAAGUCACCUUGGCUUCCUUUACAUCUGAUAGGGAAAAGCUCACUCUUCUGGCAUGCCAUUCAUUGGACCUCUUCUUUACAACAAGAAAAAUCUCUCUCUAAAGGGGACUGUUUUCCUCCAGAGACCAUAUAGAAAGCCUGAGGUGACUAUCCCAGAUGUAUGCACCUGCAUUUGCAGAUACCUCUAUUUGAGCAGGUGAACCUCCUCCAGAAGAGUCUACAUUCCUUUCAGAUCUGCGGGAGCUCAAUGUGUGUGACAGGAGCCCUAAUGUCCAUGGCUGGACAAAGAGGCAAAAAGGCUAAGCAGUACUCAGAUGGUGAAUAUUGGCCCAGACUCACUCAUAGGACAGGGAAGAUAAUGUGAAUUAAACUUUCCUCUACUGGAUUGCCCAAUGCUACAGCAUAGGAGCUUCAAAGCCCUUGAAGGUGACUUUGAUCUAUGUUAAGUUCAUCUGAUUUGGGCCCAGAGAAACAAGUCAUCCACCUAUCCACCACAGAGGAAUCAGCAGCUCCAAUAUCACCACAGCCCGUAAAUCACAGGCCUGGGUUCAAGUCCUCUAGAUCACAUCUCUGCUACCAUCGCCCAUUUUGGAGCUACUCAUCUCUGCAUGGAGCUCCAGUCAUGAGCUUGGUAUCUCCCUCCUGACAGGGUGCUGCUCCAGUCCAGAAGAGAAUUGAGCCCUACUUGUUCACAAGUAUCUCUUUAGCUUCGUCAGUGCCAGCAAAUUAAAAAGAUAUUGGAAAACAAA